AUGCCGUGCCGCAAGGAGAGCUUCCUGCUGCUGGAGCAGUCUGUCACCGUGGGCUCCAAGGAGGUGGACACCUUGGUCGCCCGGAUAGGGGAAGCCCUGCAGCUCAACGCCCAGCGAGCCCCGGCUUCCUCGUGCCUCAGACCCCCGGCCCUUCCUCGGACAGCCCCCUGCUCCUGCGUGCGGGGCCGGGCCACGCCGUACUCGCUGUGCACCCCCCGGGGGGCCGUCAGGUGCUCCCACCAGAGCCUCAGGCCCCAGGACUGCGUGGGCCACAAGCAACUGUGCGGCCGGGGCUGGCUGCGGGGAGGCUGCAGGAAGCAUGGGCAGCAGGGAGCCCAGGGGGAGGAAGAGGAGGAGGAGGAUCCCCAUCAGCUGCUGCAGGAACUGCUGCUCAAUGGGAACCUUAUCAAGGAGGCAGUGAGGAGGCUGCACCUGGCUGGAGAGGGCCCUGAGCCCACCGAGACCCCCGUGCAGUGA